AUGCGGGCGGCACGAUACUAUGGGAAGCGCGACAUUCGGGUGGAAGAUGUGCCUAUUCCCGAACCCGGAUCCAACCAAUGUCUCAUUGAGAUAGCCUGGUGUGGAAUCUGUGGGAGUGACCUUCACGAAUAUGUCGCAGGUCCCAUGGGAUGUCCGGUUCCGGAACGUCCACAUCCAUUGACGGGUGGUCAUAUUCCGGUAACCUUAGGGCAUGAGUUCUGUGGACGCAUCAAAAGUGCACCCUCGGGAUCAAAGUUCAAAGUGGGCCAAGCCGUGAUGGCCGACCCUCGAGUUUUGUGUUCGAAAUGUCAUUCUUGUAGCACAGGUAACGGCCAUACAUGUGAUGCACUUGGAUUCAAUGGAAUUAGCGGGGGCACUGCGGGAGGUGGCCUCUCCGAAUUUGCUGCCAUCGACGAGGACAUGCUGUACGCACUACCUGAGAGUGUCGACUUGGAUUUUGCGGCACUCAUCGAGCCCCUGACAGUCGCAUGGCACGCUAUCAAGACCAUCAACGCAAAGAUUGAAGGUCUCGAUGCGUUGAUCAUUGGUGGCGGUCCUGUCGGGUAUGCUCUUGCCUGCACUCUUCGGGCAGAAAAUGUCAAAAGUAUAUUAGUGAGCGAACCGACUCUUAAACGAAGAGAACAGGCAAAAGCAGUGGUGGACAAAGUCAUCGACCCAAGAUCUGAGAAUGUUGGGGACGUCUGCCGCAGUACCACAGGAGGCAAAGGCGUCGAUUUGGUCUUUGACUGCGCUGGCAUUCAAGUGGGCCUAGAAGCUGCAUUUGAUGCAAUUGUGCGUGGAGGAUACUUCGUCAAUGUUGCUGUUUGGGAGGUACCAAUGUCAAUUCCUUUCUACCAAUUCUUCCUCAAGGAAAUCAAAAUCUUCAGCUCUUGCUGCUACAACAAGCAGGACUUCGAGGAUGUCGUCCGCUUGAUAGGGCAAGGUAAAUUCCCAGGGUACCAGAACAUGGUAACAGAUCGGAUAUCGGUUGAGGAUAUUGUCAGUAAAGGAUUCGAGGAAUUGGUCAAUAACAAAGACGACCACAUCAAGAUUCUCGUAUCGCCUAAAUAG